CCACAAGACAGACACAGCGCGCCACGGGGGCGGACGGCGGGGGGGAUGUUCCUCCCCCGCCCCGCCCCGCCGCGCCCAUUGGCUAGGGCGGGCGCGGCCCCGUGCGCGCGCAGGGCCAGGUGCCCAGGCGGCGGCGCAGGCGCAGAGCGGGGAGGCGCACAGCCGGGCCAGGGCGCGGGGCGCAGCCCGCAGGGAGGCGGCGGCCGCGGCGCCAGCAGAGCAUCUCUCAGGAAUACUCCCUCCAAAAGUGGAAAGAGCCCAUUCUACAAUGAUGAAUGCCGACAUGGAUGCUGUUGAGGCUGAAAAUCAGGUGGAAUUAGAAGAGAAAACACGGCUUAUUAACCAAGUUUUGGAACUGCAGCACACACUUGAAGAUCUCUCAGCACGAGUAGAUGCUGUUAAGGAAGAAAACUUGAAACUGAAAUCAGAAAACCAAGUUCUUGGACAGUAUAUAGAAAAUCUGAUGUCAGCGUCUAGUGUUUUCCAAACAACUGACACUAAAAGCAAAAGGAAGUAAGGGUUGACUCACAGAUGAUGUCAUUGUAUUGCUGCUGUCUUUUUUGUUUUAAUUGGCAUAGGCUACAUGAGCUAAAGUACCUUAGUUUGUGGCUUUACUGGAUACCUGAAGAUUAUAAACUUUGGUGACAAACAGAAUUAGGAACAUUAUCAUGAACAGGAGACAUAAGUUUGUGUAUUGUUAAGAUUAAGCAAUGUGCAAAUGUAGUGUAGAGACUUACUAACCUUUCAUCUUUGUUUUAAAAACGAGCAUAUCUUGUUAAAAAUUGGAUUCAGUUUGUCAGGUUAAACAAAAGUCUGUUGGCGCUCUUUGAGGUCUUAGGGUAGUUUCUUGACUAGCAAAAUAAUACAGUUGUUAUAUUGUGUUGAAACCUCAUUUGAAAAAAUAUUCAGAGUCUAAUUGCAUCACCUUUUUCACCUCAAAUAUAUUUAGAUUACUAUAUAUUACUGUCCUUAGCUCUGCAAGGCAACUUUAAACAAAACCCUAUAAACCAGUUAGGAAUCUCUAUGAAGUAAUAACAGUAUGACAUUAUUUGCAGGGCUUAGAUAUAGAAAAACACUUAAGAUUUUUUGGGAAGGAGGAGGGUAAGGGAAGAGGACCAAGGACAAACAACUUAAUCAGGGAACUACCAAAUUGAUGCAGUAUCAGAGUUGUUGUAGUUUGAGAGAUGUACGCUUCAAACCAUUUUCACUCAGUUUCCUCAAAGAAUGAUCAGGCACAGCAUCACAAUGUAUGAUCUUCCAGAAGUUUUUCAGUUGUGUGAUGAGGAGUUAAAUAAAAAACAGAGUAAUAAGCUUUACAGAAACAGGUAGCCAAGUGUUCCUCAUGCUCAUUGUGAACAAUCUGCAGUGAGGAACUGAGAACAAGUCAUUCCUUGCCACCUUUUACUUUCCUCCUGAAGUGCCAAACUUGUCUUUGCUUCAGGCCUUAGUGCAACCAUUUUCCUGCCCCAGUGCCUGAGCUUGUGAAGGACCUCUUUGAGGCACUGCACGCAAACAUCUAAGGCAGAAAACCACAGUGGAACAAGGGUGGCUUUUGCCCCUCAAAUCUGAGCUGCUCUAAGUGAUGCCUAGUGUCAAGAUGCCCUGUUUUUUACUGGCUUGGCUGUUAGUUAGCAGGGUUUGUAAACGAUCUCAGCCCCCAUUACAGGUCUUGAGCACUGCCCACAGAAGCAGCAUGUCUAGUGUAAUCAGUAUUAAGGGAGAGCAGAAGCUGAAAACAAACGACGAUGUAAGUUUUAGCAGUACUCGGUUGCAUCUGUUUCAUCUUGCCAUACUGCAGCAUUGCAGUCUUAUUUAUGGAUGUUACCUAGAACCUCUUCAGUAAUGAAGCCACUGUACUUUACCUUUUAACAAAAGGAAACCACUAGUUCAAGGAUCUCUUUCAGCCUCGCUGUGAUGAAUUCUAUAAAAUAAAGCUGCAGGAACUGAAUGAGUGGAUGUAAUAGUAGAAUAAAUCCCUCUCAAACCUCAAGUUUCUUGGCAGCUAAGCACUACUGUGUAUCAAGUGUAAGCUGAGAUUGUGAGGUUCCCCUGUCCCAAAGGGGGUCUCCUAUUUCUCCCCAUUUACGAUGGCUGUACAGCGCUCAGUGGAGCAUCAAACGAUUGCAAACACAGCACUAAUAGAUUGGUCUCGAGGGCUGUUUACAAGUCUGAGUCAAGAAACCUGAUGAUGAAAAAAGUUUUAUCCACCAAGGCUCAAAUGGCUGAUACUAUUUGGGUCAUGGGGUCCUGUAAACAUUAAAAAUAAUUUUGAAUCUUCUGUGGACUACUCUCUCACUUUACUGCCUAUCUUGAAUGCUAAAUUCAUUGAAGAAUUGCUAGCAGGUAGAGGAGAUCACAUGGUUAGGCCAGGGUUUGAGCAUUAAAAAAAAAAAAUCAACAUAACAAUCCCACCAAGCACUUGACUUCUAAAGAUUGCAUUGCAUUCCAGCCACGUCACUGCACAUCUCCAUCUGCACUGUAGGAGAUCAAGUGGUAACAGAGCAUGCGCUUGUUAGACUUCAGCAAUUUCCCGAGAUCAAGUUAUCUUAAAAUCAUGGUUUUGUAUUGUAAGAUUGGAUAGUGGUAUUUUAUCCAUCAGUGUGUAUAUAGUAGUCAUUUCAUCUAUAUGCCAUUUUACAUCCCACUAUUGUGGCCUUCAUUUAACUUAUGAACAUUUUAAAGAUGUUGUAUUUCUGACUUUACACUAAAUAAACACUUUUGAUUUGUC